AUGAGAGAAUUCCGUUACUUUAUAGUUAUUAUCGCAUAUCUUCUCUACUUAUUUUAUUUAAUAUAUAACAUCGUAAUAGAUAAGCCAAACUUAAAAGUUGAACAAAUCUUCUUGCAUGAAAUUGACAUUCCUGAUAUAGCAAUAUGUGGAACCCCAGAAUUGAGAAUUUUACGAUGUGACUUAAUAACAAAUAAUGGCGAGAAAACCCCAAUUGAUGGCUGUAAUAGCUAUAUAACUCCUAAUGCAAUCGAUCAUGAUAAUUAUGAUAAUUAUAGAGAUAAUUGCCUAGUCUUCAAAGCAAAUAAAACCAUCAAGUUUGCCAAACCAAACAGUGGCAUAAGUGGUUUGCAAAAGAUUGGCUUCUAUUUCUAUGAUGAUACGACCGCUGCAGAAAUAAACACUCUUGGCAUAGCUGCACUUACCAUACAAUUAACUCCUCCUGAUUUCGAUUUUAAUUCAUUGACAAAUACAAACAAGGCUAUUAGUCAAAUGGACAAAGCUACUCUGUCAGAGUUUAAGCUUCAAUUGAACUUUAUUGCCGGAAUGGUCAAUUAUGCUGCAGUGGUCAGGUUUAAAACGAGUACUUAUAGGUCUAUCCUUCCGGGUGACACUCGUGCCAUUUUUGGAUUAGAGCCCAAUUACCACGUGACACCAAAAAUAGAAAAUUCUGUCAGCUAUAUUCCUUUUAAUAGUAAUCCGUAUAAUAUACCAGUAGGAACAACCGGUUAUUUUUCUAUAGCUGCUGGAAGCUUUACUCAAGAACAGACAAGCGAAGAACGAACAAAUACUAUUUUUGGUGCGAUUACAGCAUUCGGUGACGCUUUUGGCACUUUGGCGGGUAUUAUAGUAAUUUUUUUUGGUAAUUUCUUCUUUGUACGUAAAUCUCUUAAUUCCAUACAAGAUUCAAAAGAAUUCAUUGAGCGUAGUAGAUUUUAUCCGAAACUUGAUUUCAAAUUCUCAAAAAUUAACGACAAAGAUAAGGGAGUACUUAUAGAUGAAUUUAGUAAGAUUAGAUGCGCAAUUUUUCUCUACCUGUUAAAAAAUGAUUUAAACGAAAUUAACGAAGAACCGAUAAAUGAGUCUGAAUAUAAGCUUGAGGAUAGAUUUGCAACUAAGGUUUAUCACUGGCUGAUGAAUAAAGCAUAUAUUGAUAUAAUGUUUAAUAAAUAUAGAGUCCAAAACGAAAGCCUAAAUUUUUCAAGUAUGGAUAAAGAAGAUCAAGAAUUGCUUAAUAAAGAAUUUCGAAAAAUUAGACAUGUUAUUUCUACAUACGUGUUAGAAAAUAUAUCAGAAGAUCAAAUGGAUCAAAAAAUGUUUGCUGAGUACAAAUAUAAACGAGAAUUAAAAUUUUCUAAUAAAGUAGACAAAGGAGAUGAGAAAUUACUCAAUGAUGAAUUUCGCAAGAUUAGAAAGUUGAUUGAUAAACAUUUGUUAGAUGAACCAAAUAUUGAGAAAAUAUUCGAAGCAUUCAAUUCUCAACGAGAAGAUUUUUCAAAUGAUAUGGGCAAAGAAGAUAAGGAAUUGCUUAUAGAUGAAUUUCGCCAAAUUAAACACGUGAUUUGUAGCCACUUAUUAGAUAUACCAAAAGAUGAAGAAAUAAAAUAUAAUAAUUCUGUUGAAAAGGUAAAAUUAUUAAAAAUUCACAUAAAUGACAGGAAAUUACUUGUAUUUGAAUUUUAUAAAAUUAAACACGUAAUCAAUAGCAUCCUGUUUAAAGAACUGAAAGAUCGAGGAAUAUAUAAAAAAUAUAAAAUGAAUCGAGAAUUAAAGUUUUCAAAUAAAAUGAAUGAAAAAGAUAAGAAACGGCUUAAAGACGAAUUUCGCACAAUUAGAUAUUUAAUUGAUAACUUCCUGUUAAAUGAAUCAAAAAUCCAGACAAAUAUAAACUUUUUAGAGAAUAUGGAUAGUAGGGAUAAGGAAUUGCUUGUCAAGGAAGAUCACAACAAUACUAGAAAUGAUACUGAUAGCUACGUAUUAGAUAAGGUAUAG